CAGAUUCCUCUUGGGUCUCCCAAAAGCCCUUUUGACAUCGAAGUGCAGUUUUCAGCGCACAAUGGCGGUGAGCUUUGACACAGUGCUGGCGGGAAGUUACUCAGGUGUGGAAGAGGAAGUCAAGAGGGCUAUCAUGUCCAAGACUGAGCUGGAGGAGAUUUGGACAAAGCACACCUCGAAGUCAUCUCCUCCUGAGCCAGUUCCAGACAUCGACUUUGAGACGGAGAUGGUGGUUUGUGCCUUUGCGGGCCAGCAAGGCUCCGGGGGCUACACGAUCCGCGUGACCAGCGUGGAGGAUUUGGAGACUGAACGCAAGAUUACCAUCGAGUUCACGCGUCCUCCAGCCGGAGCGAUCACCACCUGCGCACUGACGCAGCCUCAUCAUAUGGUCCGAAUGCCCAAGACGUCCUUGCCGAUCACCUUCACAGAUGUCACGCCAGCUACGCGGCCAGCCGAAGAUUCAACGACAUUUCUUUUGACAUUGCACGACGCCAAGAGUGCAGAAGCUGCGGACAAGGUGAAGUCCCUGCCGCACAUCUUGGAGACGAAAGCGAUGUUUGACGGAGCGAUCUUGAGCGUCAAGGUCGAUACGAAGUCGGUUACAGCUGCAGAGGCUCAGAGGAUGCUCGAGAGCAUCGAUGGAAUCAAUAGCGUGGAGAAAGAUGGAUGAAUGGCUUCCUCUACUACAUUUGGGGAUCAUUCCUCAAAGAGGAUGACUUCAGUAGCGGAGAUCCCUCACUCGUUUUCCUUCUGGGAACAUUCCCGCUCAGAUGUAAACACGUACGGAAAGAAA